AACCUCAACUCACCCAUCACAGACUCGUCCAGGUCCGCCAUCCUGCCCAUCUGCAUCCCGGACCCACGUACACCAGCGCCCGGCAUGAACACCAUCAUGUCCACCCCAUCAUCGACCGGCAAGAUCCAGAGGAUCGUCGGGGCACCGGUCCAGCAGAUCCCGCCCCACAAGCGUCCGUCGACAGAACCCCAUCGGGCACCAGCAAAAAAGAGCAAAAAGGCCAUCGAUAAGAACCUGCCUCGCAAGAUCGAGGUUUUUGUUCCAGAGUCCAAGCUCUACGGCGAACUGCAGGAUCUUGAGAAGCGAGUCGAUGCCCUGAUUGUUCGGAAGAAGAUGGAGCUGCAGGAGUCCCUGGCCAAAUCGCCCAAAAUGGCAAAGCGAUACCUGCGUAUCUUCAUCUCCAACACAGCCAGCGAUCAGAUCAACCCGUCCAGCGAGGAUUUCAUGGACAUCACCAAUGCCAACAUUCCGUCGUGGACUCUGCGGAUCGAGGGGCGGCUUCUUGAUGCUCCUCAUCUGCGCAAGGGCAUGGCGAUCCAGACAAAGUUCAGUCAGCUCAUCAAGAGCGUCAUUGUGACCAUCGACCGCGACCCAGCACUCUAUCCCGAGGGCAACAUCAUCGAGUGGAGAAAGCCGCACGGCGGCGCCGAGUGCGAUGGCUUUGAAAUCAAGCGGCGCGGCGAUACCGAUGUCAAGGCAAAGAUUGCGAUCCAUCUGGACCCGCCGAUCCCAAAGUUCAAGCUCUCUGCGCCAUUGUCGGCCCUGCUGUGCCUUCAUACCGACACGCGGACCAAUAUUAUCUCGGCUCUCUGGAAGUACAUCAAACUCAACAAGCUCCAAGACUCGGAGGACAAGCGAGUGAUCAACUGCGACGAUGGACUGAAGCGGCUGCUCCCGAAUACCGCCCACGUCCUGUUCUCGCAGCUUAUUGAGAUGAUCGAGCCGCAUCUACUGCCGGCUGAUCCCAUUACCCUCGAGUACACAAUCCGAGUGGACGAAGGCUACCAUGCGUCUCGCUACGUCUACGACGUCGAGAUCGAGCUCGAGGACAUGACUCAGAAGAAGGCCAAGGACUUUGCCAGUGCCAAUGCUGCUCUGCAGAAAGAGCUCGAGCAGUACGAUGACCAGAUCAUCAACCUGGUCCAGCAUAUCAACCAAGCGAAAAUGAAGCGGGACUUUAUGGCCGCAUUCGCCAAGGAUCCGUGCACGUUUAUCAACCACUGGAUGGCGAGCCAGAGCCGCGAUCUCGAGACCAUCCUCGGAGACAACCGCGUCAGCCAGGAGGAAAUGAGACGAUCGGCAUUCUACAAGGACGGCUGGACCCAGGAAGCCAUCUUCCACUAUCUGGCCCAACAGGACCAGUUCGGCAGUCAGUCGUAACUCGGCCUGGUCCAAUAAACGCCCCCGUUCUGCUUGCCCGUG